AUGAAGACGCAGCUGGACCUGGCCUGCAAACGUGCGAAGAAGGUCAAGACAGUGGACCUUUGCUUUGUGGUGGACUUGACUGCCUCCAUGCAAUUUUGGUUGCAAAGCUUGAUUGAAAAGAUGGAAGAUAUCAUUCAAGACAACCUGCAACGCAUGGGUGACUUUGCACGGGUGAGAGUGGCCUUUGUUGGCUACAGGGAUUAUGAUGAUGACAGUCGUUAUGUGGUUCAUGCCUUCACCACAGACGUGAGUCAAAUUAAGAGCUUCAUGAAGGGCUUGGAGGCUGACGGUGGUGGUGACCAGUGCGAGGAUGUGUUGACUGGCUUGGAGGAGGCGGUGAAGUUGGAGUGGGCAUCCACUGCCAGGGUCUUGUACUUGCUGAGCCAGACUCCUCAUCAUGGUUGGAGGUUUCAACAAGACUUCGAGGUUAGCGCAGAUCCAGAGGCCAUCCAGAAUGCUGUGAAUAGUUUCGCAGGAGUAGUUGACCCAGCCCGAGCUCAGAAGUGGUUGAGCACGCGGCUCUAUGACCUGUAUCCGGAAGAUCCACGACAGUGGGGGCCCAUGGAUUCGGCUCUUCAGGAACUCCAGAACAAGUACAUCCAGCUGGUGGUUUUGCGGCUAUCGCCAGCUUCAACGAUUGACAAGAUGAUUCAGGUCUUCAGGCGGCAGUACCAGACGGGACCAGAGGCCUUGAAAUUGCAAGUUGUUGAUGCCCAGGAAAAUGCCAAGCAGCUGCGCUGCAUAGUGUCCUCUGCCUCAGUGGCAUCAUAUGGGAGUUCCGUCUCGAAAAUGAGCCAAGCAAAGGCCAUCCAUGGCCGGCGCUUGAACCUGGAGAUGGAUAAAACUCCUCCCAAGUGGGAUCAUGCAGGCCAAUGGCAAUCUGUCGAUGCCCAGCUCUACACCUACUUCUUCGAGGAUUUGGAUGAACCCCUGCAGAACACCCGCAAGCCCUUCCGCGCCCUGGUUUCCCCCAUGCCCUUUGACAAAGGUGCCAUGAGAUUUGCCUUCUAUGUGGUGGACCAGGAGAACCUUGACAGGAAGUACGUGGGCAAGGUCUACCAGUUCCAAGACCCGGUGUUUCAACAGAAGUCCACUUAUGAAGGUGACAUGGCGUCGCAAGCAGUAGCCUCCUACUUGGCCAAGGAAUUCAGUCUCAGGUACCCAGAGAGACCCAUCGAAUUCGUGCCCGCCCAGCUGUUGGACUUGGGGGAUGUCAGUGGGUUUCCUUUCCGUUUCAUGGCAAUUGAGCCUUGGAUCCCUGGGAAACAUGAGAAAUAUACCUCCAAUGCUGGGCACAUUGCCAAAGAUUCCGAUGUGGCGCAAGCUUACAGCCACUACACCUGGCAAACCACCGAUGGCGACAUUAUGGUGGUUGACAUUCAAGGAGUUGGGAACACCCUCACAGAUCCACAGAUCCAUUCGUUGGACACGAACCGCUUUGGACGUGGCAAUUUGUCUUCCAAGGGCAUGGAUGCCUUCUUCCUGAACCAUGUCUGCAACGAGAUAUGCCACACUUUAAAGCUUGAGGCCCACCCACUUCAGCCAGGGUCACUUCACCAAGAAGAACUUGCUCACCAUCUUGGCUCGAUUGGGGAGGAGGUCCCGAGUGAUGAGAUUGUUGAGGGCCCAGAGCUUCAGGUCGAUUGGAUGCCAAUGUCCGGUUCCAAACUGAGCGCUUUUCUGGAUGCUGUGAGAAAAGAUGCUGAAGAUUUGGUUGGCCAAGCGCCCAUCUUUUCUUGGAUGGAGUCAGAGUCUGACAAGUGUCCUUGUCUUGGAGGCGCCGUUCUUCGCUGGAAUAAUUGCCCAGAAAUUGUGGAGGUCAGGAAAGGUUCUCCGGCGGAAAAAGCUGGGUGUCAACCUGGUGUGGCUUUGAAACUUGUGGGUGGCACGUCCGUGGGGAAGAUGUCGAAGAAGGAAACCUUACGGCUUCUGGCCGCAGAAAACAACAUGAUGGUUGGCAUGGCGACUCAGCGAAGACUCAAAGGAAUGAUUGAUGAAAGGAGGGAGGAAGAGAGUGAUGGAGGCUUAGAACGUUUGAUGCAUUUGAUGGCCUUGAAGCAGUUGGAAGACACGUUUGAUGGGCUUCUGAAAGGGUCAGAUGGACUUUCGCGGCUUCUAUCAAAAGGCAGUCGUUUGAAAGCUUUGAGAGAGUUGUUUGAGGACUCUUCUGAGACUCAUGACAUGUCAUUGAAGAGACACCUGUUCUUGGAAGCAGUCCGCGCCGAUGCUGCUAAGAGAGCUCACACGCCAGACGCAGCCGAGAGCUGGGAUGAACAACAUGCUGCUAGUUGGCAUAAAUUUCUUACAGUAAUCAUUUGA